AGCCCUCCACACAGUUCUAAAGCAGACGGCAAUCGGAGUCCGUCUUUCGCCGCAUCUCGUUGCCCCCUGUGCGAGUGCUCGGUGCGGCGUGGAGUAAACGUCGCCACUGGGGGAGACAAAGGCGGCCGGGCGUGGUGGUGGUGCUGUGGUGGUGCUGGCCGGGCCAACCCACCGUGCCUCGUGUGCCUAUCACAAGUGGGGGGCCUUCAUAGCUGCUGCUGCUGCUUGCUAACAGCACUUGCCCCCAACAGCUUGUUAAGGCUACACGGGGCGGGUGUUGUGUGUUUCAAGUGUUGGUGGUGCAUCUUUCAGCCAUCUCACGCGAGACACUUGACGUGGCCUCAAAGCGCACCUAGCCUGGCACAAAACGCCCGCGGGUAGUGUCUCGAUCGCACGCAUCUUGUCGCCUCCCUCGUCUGGAUCACGCGCCGUGGUCGCCGAUUCGAAGCAACGCGUAUGGUCGCUUAUAAUAUGGAAUGUUCUCUCUUCAUACAUAUUUAGAAGCAGACCCUGAGAUGUUUCAAGGCGUAACAGUGAAGCGUGAAGACGAUGCUGGUGAGAUGCCUUGGUUUUCUUCCCUGAGCCACCGUGUGCUGCCAUGCAAGCAAGAUGUUGAUGAAAAUCCCAGCUCUGUGAUUGUGCAAGCAGUGGUGGUGAAGGAUGAAGAGAUCAACACAGAUGAAGAAGAAGAAAAAAAAGAAACACGACCCCUGUGCAGGGAGUGCGGGAAGGACGAUGUUAAACGCUUCAAAAUGAAGACGUAUGGAGUUAAAUUUGCCGGCCAGACGCUGCAAGCCUGCACGCAAUGCGGGAAGAUGCUUAAAGACACCACGUCAUGCAUCAAUAGGCAGUCGAAGAAGACAAGCACUGGAGAGACACGACGCUUCCGUGCAUCGAGCAGGAAGGUUUCCGCACCGGUUGAGAAGUUGGGAUCGCAUGAGUUGACGAACGCGACCGACGUGAGGAUGCACGCGUGUAAAAAGUGUGGGAAGGUAUUUUCAAACAACUCUAAUUUAGUGAGGCACGCCGUGGCGCACGGUGGCAAGCAUCCGCAUGUGUGCAAGGAGUGUGGAAAGGGGUUUUUGUAUCACUACCGAUUAAAGGCACAUUCCAGAAUACACACUGGUGAGUGGCCACACGUGUGCAAGCAGUGUGGGAAGGGGUUUUCUCGUAUCGCCGAUUUAGAGAGGCACUCCAAAACACACACUGGUGAAAAGGCACACGUUUGCAAGGACUGUGGGAAGGCGUUUGUACGGUAUUCUAAUUUCCAGAGGCACUCUAUAAUACACACUGACGUGAAGCCAUGCAUUUGCAAGGACUGUGGAAAGGCAUUUCCGCACAGUUAUGGUUUAAAGAUGCACUCUAAAGUGCACAUCGGUGCACGCCCAUACAUAUGCAAGGAUUGUGGGAAGCAGUUUUUGCAGCGUUAUCUUUUAGAAAGACACUCCAGAACUCAUACGGGUGAAAAGCCGUACGUGUGCAAGAUAUGCGGGAUGAGAUUUUCACAGCGUUACAGUUUAAAUACGCACUCUCUAAUACACUCGGACAAGUGGCCGCACGUGUGUCAGGAGUGCGGGAAGGGCUUUUUGCAGCUUUGUAUUUUAGAGAGACACUCUAGAACGCACGCCGGCCUUAAGCCAUACGUGUGUAAGGAUUGCGGGAAGGAGUUUUCGCGGUGCGAUUCUUUAAAGAGGCACUAUAAAGCACACAUCGGUGACUAAAUAUAUUUAAAUCCUUGAAUAUUUUCAUUGAAUGAAGUCCACGGUUCGGAGCAAUGAAAGUGGAUAGACGUGAUAAAUUUCAAAGAAGUGUUAUUUUUUUUUAUUACAAAAAUGUUUCCAUAUUUGGUGUUCCUGAAAUCAUCACUCUGAUUUUCGCUCAUUGUGUAGAUCAUUACUUGAUAGCCGGCUUAAUCUUUCUCACGAAUCACGAGUACAUAUUUAAUGAUUUAUCAUUGUUGUAAUGAUAGUCAUGAGCUUAUGUAACAUGUUUCAGCAGGGUACAACUUGAACUGUUGGCUCAAUUACUAAGCUUGUGGAAGUGUGUCAGCAAAUUACAUUUCCCAGAACAAAAGGCACUAUGGAUAAUUCCACGGUGACAGGAUACUAAGAACACUUGACCAUGGCAAGAAUACACGAUCACAACAGACCAUGUUCUCUCGGUGACAUGACCGUGAUGAGAGACAUGUGCAUGCAUGCGUUGUGUGUUCCCUACAAGUUGUAUCCGGCUUGACAAAAGCACUGGUAUAACAUCACCGCCUCUUGGCCACAAACAGUGCCGGUGGUACGGGUGGAAAUAUAUUGUUGUAUUCAAACAGUUGUUGCAUUCAAAUGUCUCUUAAAUUAAAAUGGCGUUGUACGUUU